AUGGAGUUCAUCCUCGAAGGCAGAGGGAGGAUCCACCACAUCACCGGCGACCCCUCUCCUCCAAAAAAAGGCGAACAAAAGUAUAAGCAGUGGAGAGAGGCCGAUCUGAUUGUGAUGUCAUGGCUCCUCCAAACAAUGGAAACCCGACUUAUGACCCGGCUGUCCAAACAUCAGACCGCCAAAGCUAUCUGGGAUAGUUUGGCAAUCACAUAUGGAACCACCAUCGAUCCAGCAGAGGCGAUUGUUCCAGUGUCCGGCCUCGAUGGCACACUCGACGGAGUCCGUCGAGAUAUCCUCAAGAAGACUCCUCUACCAUCAGCCGAGGCGGCAUUCUCCAUAGUCCGGCUUGAAACCAGCCGCCUCCACAGUCGGCAGUCCGACCCAAGCCAAGGACUGGAAAUCACCCAGGUCGGCGCCGGAUUCGGAGCGAAGGGACAGAGGAAACCGACGACUAAAGAGAAAUUGGAUCGGUCGAAAUUGGUGUGCACACACUGCGGGAUGCGGAAGCACACCAAGGAGGAGUGCUUCAAGCUAGUGGGCUACCCAGAAUGGUGGGGAGAAGGUCAUCGGACCUCUGGGAAGGGCGGCGUUGCAGUUGGUGUUGCAGCCAAGGAGAAAUCGGGGCAAACUCCACUCGAUUCCUCCACGGCAAACACGCAAGGGACGACCACCGUCGGUGGAUUUGGAGGGAUGGUGACCGGCGGACAAUACCGGAUAUCAGGACGAAGGCGAUUAUUGGGCGUGGCACUGAACGACAUGGACUGUAUUGUGUGGAAGAUAUUUGAAAAACUGGUACCGUAUUACUCACUCAUGGAUCCGUUGAUCGGAGACUUUGGAUUUGGCAUAGGCGGUUAG